UCACUCCUCCUGUGUGUGCUUUUAACCAGUUUUAUUACAUGCAAUCUAGAGAGCUCAUCCGAUGAACAGGGCUGGCUAUGGAUUCCUCAUUACAAUAAGUCGGGUGAUUCUGGACAAGUAUAUUUAGUGCCCUCUCUACAUGCUGACAAAAUGUCUUCUUCUGACGGCUCCUCCACGCAGGACGAUGUGGACGGUGCAGCGUCCCCUAUUGCUAAAUUUUCCCUUCAGCUUUCCAAACCGAUGGAUUCAAACAUUACAGUAUGUGACAAUGGCAAAUGCGAUGACGCAGAUUCUCCGUCAGAGGGUGUGACCACCUGCCUGCUGAACCCACGCAACACCAAUAAACAUCCACUGAACUCACAUAAAACAUACAGUCAGGAAAACCUCAUAUUGAAGGCUGUUGCAGAAGGAGACAUCUUGUCACUAAUCAGUCGGCUGAAAGAAAUCGAGGAAUUGUUAAUUAAACAGAAGUCUGCUGAAGAUUUUCUCAUGUACAGACUGACAUCACAGUACACCGGUAAAACCUGCUUAAUGAAAGCAUUACUGAACAUAAAUGGAAAGACUCCAGAGAUAGUGCGCAUCCUGCUAUCAUUCACUGAGAAACAUGGUUUUCUGGACAGAUUUAUCAAUGCUGCAUACACAGAAGAGAAUUACAAAGGCCAAACUGCUUUGCACAUAGCUAUUGAGAGAAGACGAAAUGACAUUGUUAAAUAUCUUCUGGAGAAAGGUGCUAAAGUGAAUGUCCACGCAAAAGGCCUGUUCUUCAGCCCAAAGUGCAGAAACUAUGGAUUUUAUUUUGGUGAAACUCCUUUAGCUCUUGCUGCAUGUACCAACCAGCCAGGUGUGGUUGAACUGCUCAUGGAGAACAGAGAGACCGAUGUCACCAUUAAGGACUCUUUUGGAAAUACUGUGCUCCAUGCACUUGUUACUGUAACAGAGAAUGCAAAACCCCACAAUGCAUUCAUAAUAAAGAUGUAUGAUCAGAUCAUACGAAAGUGUGAAAACAAGUUUUUAGAAAGUAUGAAAAACCAUGAAAACCUCACACCAAUGCAACUAGCAGCCAAGAAAGGUAAAUUGGAGAUGCUCAAUUAUAUUCUGAAUAGAGAAAUAAAGGAUGAAGAAAACAGAAUCUUGUCUAGAAAGUUCACAGACUGGGCUUAUGGACCUGUCUCCUCUUCCCUGUAUGAUUUGAAAGAUGUGGAUACGUCUUCAAAAAACUCAAUACUUGAAAUAGUGGUCUACAAUACACACAUUAAAAAUCGACAUGCACUGUUGGCUUUAGAACCUCUCCAUACUCUUCUUCAGAUGAAAUGGAACAAGUUUGGAAGAUACAUGUUUUUAAUGUCUUUUCUUUUUUUCUUCGUUUUUAAUAUUGUUUUUACUCUUCUGUACUAUCGACCACAUGGAGAUGAGGGUCUGAACUUAUCUACUACAACUGGAGUCUUUAAACUUAUUGGACAUGUGUUUAUCAUAAUCUGUUCCACGUUCUUAAUUGUUCAUGAGGGUGUGGCAAUCUUCUGGAUAAAGCCUUCUGACCUACAAACAGUAGUGUCUGAUGCAUGGUUCCACGUUCUGUUCUUCACACAAGCCGUCCUGGUCAUCCUAUCGACAUUAACUUAUACAUAUGGAGCGCAAGAAUAUCUGAUCUUCGUUGUCAUUGCCAUGGCUGUUGGGUGGACAAACAUGUUGUACUACACAAGAGGAUUUCAGUCCCUGGGUAUCUACAGUGUUAUGAUUCAGAGGAUCAUAUUGAAUGAUGUCUUGAAGUUUUUAUUCGUAUAUGUUCUCUUCCUACUUGGAUUUGGUGUAGCUCUUGCGUCACUCAUUGAACACUGCAUGGAGGGGGCCGAGUGCAGUUCUUAUAACAGCUUCAGAACAGCUAUUGUGGAACUGUUCAGCCUUACCAUAGGAUUAGGAGACUUGGUGACGCAGCAGGACUCAAAAUAUCCCACCCUGUUUCUGCUUCUUCUGAUAGUUUAUGUCAUCUUAACAUUCGUGCUUCUCCUCAAUAUGUUAAUUGCAUUAAUGAGUGAAACUGUGGAAAAAAUUUCUAAGGAAAGUGAGCACAUCUGGAGGCUUCAGAGAGCAAGAACUAUAUUGGAAUUUGAAACAAGAAUGACAACUUAUUUUAGAGAAAUGUUUAAGGUUGGAGAGACGUGCAAAUUCUCUGAAAAUGAUAUCAGAUUAUGUUUAAGAAUUAACACAGUUAAAUGGACUGAAUGGCACAGUCAAGUCACCUGUGUAAAUGAAAAUGAUGGACUCUUACAGCUAGAAGAAGAAUCGGUCUGCUCCAGUAUAACAUCUGUUGAUGAAGUGGACGCAUCUAACCAAAAAGAACACACUGUAAUCCUGUUGGAAGAUGAAGACGAUGAAUUCAUGGAAACACCACUUUAAUUGUCAUAGAAGAUGUGUGUAAUAACAGGAUAAGGAUGUAGAGCUGGCUCAAUACAUCACCAUACAAAGACUCAUCGCCUUGUCCUUCUUUACCAUUCUUUUCAGUUCAUAUCCCAUUCUAAGAGCUGAAAGCCGGAGCUGAAUAUCUGCCUAUAAUGGGCAAACAAUGUCAUUUCAUAUAUGGUGAAUGCCAGAUAACUGUUGUGAGCACAGCAAAACUUCCCUUGUGAGUUUCUCUUGAACAGCAGUGGUUAAAGGGCCACUAAACCCAGAAUCCAAACACACAAAAAAGAAUAACCAAAACCUAACAUAAUCUUCUUACGUGUCUUUGUUAUUUGCUCUUGUUUUGUCAGAUAUCACAAUUGCAGACCCUGAAAAAUUAAUUAGAAAAGCAGUGCGUUGUUCUCCCAGGCUGCAGCCAUGUCUUCUUCCCCUCCUUCUUCCCUCUCUCAUGCUAGUGCAUGUAAGCCAGGAAGUGUUAGAGGACAGGGCUAGGUUAAGUGUAGAUAACUUUUUCUACACCGUGAGAGUGGCCAUUUUGUUGGAAGGAAUCUCCUAGGGUGCAUUCACAUGACCGUAAGUGUUUUGCGGUCCUCAAAACACGGAUACUGGCCGUGUGCGUUCUGCAUUUUGCAGACCGCACAUGGCCGGCGCUAUAUAG